AUGGGUAAUUGCUGUAUGAGAAUCAACCAAGAAGAAAAACGAAACAAAUCUCUUCCGUUUCAUUAUUAUGAAGCACAUCGUCCCACUUCCCCGGCUAAUAUCACCACUCAACCGAAUUGCACUUCUGAUCAUGUUUACUAUGCACCCCCAUAUGCAGUAUCUCCUGUCCAAAAAUCUUGUGCUCCAAUUCGGGCUCCGAUCGCUGAUAAUUUAGAUGAAAUUCAACACAUUGCUGAUCGUGAACUUGAUAAUGAAGAAUCGGACCCUUCAAUUAGCAUUAAAUGUGAUCCAGUCUUCGUUCUCGUCAAAAAUCGUGGACAGUCUUGGUAUCUCGAUCUUUUGAAAAGAAUGAAACGCAGCGAAUAUCGUCAGCCCAAUACCACUUUCGAGAUGUUUUUGGAUGGAUCAACUGUUUCAAAACCAGAUUCGAGGGCCACUAUCAGAGCUGUUGCAAUAGCAAUUUGUCUCCUUAUUCGUUCUCCUGGAUAUAUGAAGGAGGAUGCGGAGGAGGAUUUGGAAAUUUUUGAUGAAGCCUAUCAUCCCAUGAAGAUCGAACAAUCACCGGAUGAAAAUCCCAACCAACCACCCUCUCUCAAAACUGUACACCGAUUUACCAGAAAAAUCUUCCAGAAUGCUCAACUUUCUCCCGAAUGUGCAAUAGUUACUAUGAUAUACCUUGAGAGAUUAUUGCAUGGUGGACACAUCUACCUGAAUGUCUCCAAUUGGAAGCGAAUCCUUCUCUGUGCCAUUCUCCUGGCCAGCAAAGUGUGGGACGAUCAGGCCGUGUGGAAUGUCGACUACUGUCAGAUCCUGGAUGAACUCAAAGUAGAUGAUGUAAAUGAGUUGGAACGGCGUUUUCUGGAAAUCAUCCAGUUUAAUAUUAAUGUGCCCAGUAAGGUCUACACCAAAUAUUACUUUGAUAUCAGGGAUCUUACCGUCUCUAGUCAUGAAUUCUCCCGUCUUACAGUGGAUACGGCAAAGUAUCUAGAGGCUUGCUCCCAUGAAGUCCUGGACGUAAAUAUGGCAUUGGCAAGCACUGGUCGUCGGUUGCGUAGAACAAUGUCCCUGGAUUCCUUCUAUCUGAAACGGCGUUCUCGACCUUUCUUCAUACCCUGA